AUGGCAGCAUCUCCAUUGAACCCAAAAUCCCAUUUCCAUGCUCGCUCAAAAAGCUUGCCCUCUAGACCACACCCUCUCAUCCUACAAUGCAAUGAGCACUUGGAAAGAUUAAGGGCAUCCCAUGAAACCUCCUCUUCCUCUUCAUUACUUAACCAAAAGCUAGGAGGGUUGCAAGAUCUGCAUGAAUGUGUUGAAAAAUUGUUCCAACUUCCUCUCACUAAAGAAGCACUUCACCAUCAUUGUCAAGAAAAUUGGGUAGAUGAACUUUUGAAUGGAUCCUUAAGGCUCUUAGAUGUGUGCACAGCCACCAAAGACUCUCUACUGCAUACAAAAGAGUGCAUGAGAGAACUUCAAUCAAUUAUGAGAAGAAGAAAGGGAGGUGAAGUGGAGCUCAAGGCAGAGAUUAAAAAAUUCUUGGCUUCAAGGAAGGUGGUCAAGAAGGCCAUCUCAAAAGCCUUGACAAAUUUGAAGGGUACCACAAAAAAUUGCAACAUUUCAUCUACAAACAAAGAAAAUCAAACACUAGCUUUGGUUAGCUUAUUAGAGAAUGUGGAAGUAGUCACUCUAUCAACAUUUCAGGCACUACUACACUUUAUAUCAGGGACAACACAAUCAAAGUCAAGCAAUUGGCUUUUGGUUUCCAAGUUAAUGCAAACCAAGAAAGUAGCUUGCUCACAGUUAGUAGAUGAAAGUGAAUUUGCCCAACUUGAUGAAGCAUUGCAAUCCUGCAUGUUUUCCCAAACAAGCAAAUUUGACAACAUGACUAAGCUUAAAAACCAUUUGGAGAAACUGGAAUCGCUUAUUCAAGAUCUCGAAGAAGGGCUUGAUUUUCUGUUUAGGCGUUUGAUUAAGAUUAGAGUUGCCCUUCUUAACAUUCUCAACCACUAG